AUGGCCUGUAUUCAGAGCGAACUUGACUUGAAAAGACUGCAUGAGAUCUCUCCAUGGCUGUGGAUUGCCGGUCGCCCGGUGCCGCCACGCCCGCUGCACCACCAGCUCGUCCUUUCACGGGAUAUAUUUAUCACGGAGCGAAUGGAUAUGCAUCUCGUCUGGACCAUCGGUCGCAUAUUUAUCAAGCCAAUACCAAGAUUCCUCCUCAGCCCUGAUAUUUGGGUUGAAUACUUAUCAUGUCCGGCGCGAGGCACUCGCGUGCAACUCGAACCCAACAGCUUGGCUCAAUACUAUACAUCCCAGGACGAUAUUGCCCCACGCGCCCAUCAUGAGAGGCUGUGGGGGUCAGCACUUGGGUUUCUCUAUUCAUAUGCUGCCUUGAUCUCACACGAGAGUGACUUUUUGAUCGCCAAGGAUAAGAAGUUGAUCCCCCCAGAGGUGACCUGGUCAGAUUGGAUGACCCUUGUUCAGGAAAUUCUCGCUACAAAUAAUUUACACCAGAAGAUCGACGAUCGCUUCAAUUACGGCGAACUUCGUUUGAGUCGGCUGAACAAGAUUUAUAAUAUCCGCCAGGCAUCAAUUCUACGAGGUUAUGUGUCACACUGGCAAUGGACUCGAUAUGGCGAUUUCUUCCAAGAAAACCUCGCCUGGCUCACUGCUGUCACGGUGUACAUCGCCGUCGUAUUGGCAGCUAUGCAAGUUGGCCUGGCGACGGACGCCCUGGUUGUAAACCGCACGUUCCAGUUGGCAUCGUACGGGUUCACCGUUUUCUCUAUUCUUGGACCCCUGAUUGGGCUCAGCAUUAUCGGCGUUGUAUUCUGCUAUAUGUUUCUCAAUAAUUGGAUCAGUGCCGUGGUGUUCAAAAGGAAAAGAUUAGAUGCUAUCCAUUCAGGGCAGGGAGCAUAG